AUGCCGCGUCUUACAAGGGCAAGCUGCCUUACCCAAAACCAACCUGCUAUUCAAAUAUUCACCAAGGCAACCAAGGCUGGUAUCACGCCACAAUUGCCCGCCAAAAAAACCGUGUCACUUCCCGUUUCGCCGUCGAAGAAGCGAAAAUUGCAGGAACUCGAGAAUGUGGAAACUGCGGGCCCGAAGCCUGCUGCGGAAGACGAAGAAUCACCUUCCAAGACAUUGAAGAUUAGCCAGUUAUCUGUUUCAUCGCCUCGAAGCGGCCACUAUGCCUCGCCAAAACGUACUCCUAGUCGCCGAGCCCGUGUCUCUACCAUUGCCGAGAGCCCCUCUACUCCUAGCACGCCUUCGAAACAAAGGACCAUCAACUUUGAAAAGGCCGCACCAACACCGAGGGAGACUAUCUCAGCACCACGCGUCGACUGUAUUACCGAUUUUAUGAACCUUUUCACGGCAUUCAUCCAAGCCCUUGCUAUUCAUGGCGCGCACAAUGGUCCAAUCACCCCUGCUGAUCUCCGAGAAUUUCUUCCCAGCAUUACUCGAAUUUGGAAGAAGCGCAAGGUGCAAGUCAAGGAUAUUCAGCGUCUUGUCUGGGUAUGGGAUCACACCUUGAAGGCCAAGGACGUUUCAUACCGCCUCGCAAACUAUGGACUCGGAAAAGUGUGCCUUGAACACGCCGUGAAAAUCGACGAAACCACCUCCGCCUUGCAAGACGCGUUUGAACAAGCCAUUGAUGUGCUCUGGGAGCAAACAGAAGAAUCGCUAUCCCAACUUGAUGAAGAGGAGCGCCCGAAUGCUUUCAUCGAGACUCUGGGUCUUGCUCUUGUCCACGAAUCUCUUACCCCGUUCACCGCGUUCCAGAAGGGCCAGCAACGUCUUCAAGAUCUGAGAGGUGGUGUUAUUCGCAACAAGGCCGAGAAACUUCGCACAGAGAAUCUCCUCACCGGCUCCAAGCCCCAGGUUGCUGCCAACCACCGUCGCCAGGGUCUACUCGAGCGACUUAAGAGCAAGCAGCUGCACCAGUCCAAGCUUCCUCCCCCGCCUAGCAAGCAAGAGGUUGUUCGUCGUUCCGCAGCUGAUCAUGCCGAAGAGGUGGCUGGUAUUCUUGCACUUCUUCGCCCAGCCGGAUACGUGGGCACUGGUAUCAAAGCCAUGCUCGCCAACCAACGCAAGCCAUUCACCCUUGACAAUAUCAUUAGCCAGAUUCGCGGCUCUGUUCGCAACCCCGUUCCCGUGGAGGAAAUCCAAGUUUGUCUUGAAAUCCUGGCGGAUCCUCGUGUUGCUGGGCAUUGGAUCAGCUUUGUAACUGUCAACGGAUCAAAGUCAGUUGUGUUGAAAUCUUGCAAGGAUAUUGCGGCGAAAGAAAUCGGCGCGAAGGUGGCCUCGUUGAAGGCCGAGUGGGAGAACAAGACACCUUGUUCCGUGUCGAACCCUCUUAUGCGCAUCUAA